AUGAUGGAAAAUACGCGAUCAAUAUUUGAUUUGCCCGUUGAGGAUAUAAUGGUGACGCACAUUGCUAAAUAUUUGACAAUUGAGGAUCUCCUGAAUUUGCGAAAAAGCUCCCCGGAAGUUGUUUACAUGGCAGAGAGAAUGAUCAGCGGGCUGUGGAGUAUCCGGAUCGAUAUUCCCCUUAUGCUGCACUUGGAGAAUGAUGAUUUGGAAUUCAUCAUGGAGACCUGCAGGCAACUACGGCAUGUUGAGAUCUCUACUCCACUCCAAGUACAGGAGCAGAUGACAGAUGAUUCCGUGAGUGAGUUCUUGGGCAGGAAUCGCUAUCUCAGGAAAAUCCACAUUAAUGGUCGCGAAAAGCUCACGUGCAGAGCUUUUAAGCCACUAACAGACACCUGUAGGGAUGUUGUGGAGCUUUGCAUUCCCUCGGUGAGGAUUUCCGGAGAUUUCCUCGAAGCACUGUGGAAAGUUAAUCAGAAACUAACCAAGGUGUGGUUCACAGAUCCCGCUAUGGAUCAAUAUCCAAAGAAUCGGGAAUUCUUCAUGAAGCAACCACAUUUGGUGGAGAUCAAUUUGUGCUUUACGGAAUCUUUCGGGAUGAGAGCUGUUUCCCCGCCAGUGUUCAUUGAUCCCUCCCAAGGAGCUCAAUAUCAGAGGAUGGUAAAGAUUGCCUACACCAUGGUUGCAAUCACAAAUCAUUGUCCUCAACUUCAGUACUUGAACGUCACGGGAUUCUUCACAAAUGACGACGAUGUGAUGUACAUGGCAGAUCAUUGUCCAAAGUUGAAAGAACUCGGCAUUGGAUGCUACAGGUGCAGCGUAAUGACAUGGGCAAUUCUGCGGAAGCGCGGACUCCGCAUAAUGCACUCACAUCCAGAUGGAAGUCCAGCACCCUACAAGGAUUCGCGAUUCGUCUAUGAUUACAACAAUAGAUUUGUUUUUAUCUCUGAUUAG